AUGGCAAAUUCAAAGUAUGAAUAUGUAAAGUCUUUCGAGCGUGAUGACGUUCUGUUGCCCAAUACGUGGGUUGUCGUCCGAAUCGAUGGACGAGGGUUUCAUAAGUUUUCUGCUCGAUAUCAAUUUGGAAGGCCUAAUGAUGUACGAGCGCUGAACCUGAUGAACGCUGCCGCGAAGGAGGUUAUGAGAGAUUUUUCCGAUUUGAUCGUCGCAUAUGGCGUGAGCGAUGAGUUUAGUUUCGUCUUCCAUCGGAACUGCCAGCUCUUCGAGAGACGAAGUAGCAAGCUUGUUUCUACAAUCGUUUCGACUUUUACAGCUUAUUAUGUUCAUAAAUGGCCAGAAUUUUUCCCAUCAAUGCCUCUAGAACCGUGUUGUCUGCCUACAUUCGAUGGAAGGGCGGUACAGUAUCCAAGCGUUCGAAAUCUGCGAGACUAUAUGAGUUGGAGGCAAGUUGAUUGUCACAUAAAUAACCUGUAUAAUACAACCUUUUGGAAUAUGGUGCUGAAGGGUGGGAUGAGCAAUACGGAUGCAGAGCAAGAAUUAAAAGGAACCGUCUCAUCUGAUAAAAACGAGAUUUUAUUUUCAAGGUUCGGUAUUAAUUAUAACAAUGAACCAGAGAUGUUUAAAAAAGGUAGUGUCUUAUAUCGGGAUUUCGAACUACAGCCGAUUGAAAGACAUCAAGCCCACCAACAACUAAGUAAGCCGAGAGAGGACGAAGGGUAUACCGAGGACGGUGAAGAGCCGUCGCAGGUGUCAAAAACCCAACGAGAGAAGCAGAAAAAGCUCCAACGGAAAGCCGACAUCGCAAUUGCUUAUGUGGAUAUCAUCAAGGACGAAUUCUGGGAACAGCGUCCGUGGAUACUGUCAAAUAGGGCGGGAAAACUACGUGGGAGUUGA